GCGCGCUGUGGGCGCAGAGGUGUGUGCUGGGAGGCGGCGAGUCGGGCAUCUGCGACCUCUCUGGGUUCCGGCCCGGCGCUCCGUUAGAGGCUCAAAGCUAGAAUGAAGCAAUUGCCUGCUGCAACAGUCCGCCUCCUUUCCAGUUCUCAAAUAAUCAGCUCAGUGGUCAGCGUAGUGAAAGAGCUCAUUGAAAACUCUCUGGAUGCUGGUUCCACAAGUCUAGAGGUUAUAUUGGAGAACUAUGGAUUUGAUAAAAUCGAGGUGCGAGACAAUGGCGAGGGGAUUAAGGCCGUUGAUGCGCCUGUGAUGGCAGUGAAAUACUACACCUCCAAAAUAAACAGUCAUGAAGAUCUUGAAAAACUAACAACUUAUGGUUUUCGUGGAGAAGCUUUAGGGUCUAUUUGUUCUGUAGCUGAGGUUUUAAUUACAACAAAGACAUCUGCUGAUAAUUUUAGCACCCAGUAUGUUUUAGACAACAGUGGCCACAUAAUUUCUCAAAAACCUUCACAUCAUGGUCAAGGUACAACUGUAACUGUGUUCAAAUUAUUUAAGAAUCUGCCUGUAAGGAAGCAAUUUUACUCAACUGCUAAAAAAUGUAAAGAUGAAAUGAAAAAGAUCCUAGACCUGCUCAUGAGUUAUGCUGUACUGAAACCUGAAUUACGAAUCAUUUUAAUACAUAAUAAGUCAGUUGUUUGGCAUAAAACCAGAGUAUCAACUCAUAAGAUGGCGCUUACUUCUGUUCUCGGAAUUGCUACUAUGGAAAAUAUGGAAUCCUUUGAGUACCGUGUGGAUGAAUCUCAGAUUUAUCUCAGUGGAUUUCUUCCAAGGCAUGGUGCAGACCACUCUUUCACAUGUCUUUCGACACCAGAAAGAAGUUUCAUCUUUGUCAAUAGUAGACCGAUUCACCAAAAAGAUAUAUUAAAGUUAAUCCGACACUAUUACAAUGUGAAGUGCCUAAAGGAAUCUACUUAUAGUUAUCCUAUUUUCUUUUUGAAAAUUGAUGUCCCUGCUGCUGAUGUAGAUGUAAAUUUAACACCAGAUAAAAGUCAAGUAUUAUUACAGAACAAGGAAUCUCUUUUAAUUGCUGUUGAAAAUCUGAUGACGACUUGUUAUGGAUCACUACCUGGUACAAAUUCUUAUGAAAAUAAUACAACAGAUGUUUCCUCAGCUGACACGAUCAUUAGUAAAACCACAGAAACAGAUGUGCUUGUAAAUAAGAUAGAAUCAUCUGGAAAUAAUUCUUUGAAUGUUGAUCCUUCAGCCAUUCCUUUCCCAAAUGAUGUGCAUAAUGAUAAGUCUGGAAAAGUCACUGAUUGUUUAAAUCAGCAGACGCAUAUUGGUGGCCAUUGUGAUAAUCAACUUGGUUCUGAAGAUUCUAACACCGAUAAGAACAUUAGGAAUGCAUUUCAAGGAAUCCCAACAACCGAAGAGCAGAAUGACAAAGAGCUUUGUUUUAUAAGUUCUGUUAAACCUGCUCAAUCAGAAAAUAGCAGUAAACAUUUGAUAGACAAGAAAGGGGAAAAUGAGGAAGCCGUACUUCCUGACCAGUCUUUGGAAAUCUGUGCCGAUGAUUGGAGCAAGGGACAUGCAUUUAAAGACUCAAUGGGAGAAAACAUUGAACCUGUGAAAAUGUUAGUGCCUCAAACUUCAGCAUGUGAAGUAGAUAGUAAUAAUAGCCGUCAUUUAAGCCCUGAGCAAGCAAACCUCAGUGAAGGUUCUUGUUCUAAACAAUUAAAUGUGAUUGAUAACAAAUCUGGACAGCUUACAGCUUAUGAUUUAAUUAGCAAACGAAUAAUCAAGAAACCUCUGUCAGCAAGUGCCCUUUUUGUUCAAGAUCAUCGUGCUCAGUUUCUCAGAGAAAACCCUAAAACUAGUUUGGAAGAGGCAACAGUACAAAUUGAAGAACUGUGGAAGACAUUGAGUGAAGGGGAAAAGCUGAAAUACGAAGAGAAAGCUGCUAAAGAUUUGGAGCGAUACAAUAAGCAAAUCCACAAAGCCACUGAACAGGAGUCACAAGCACCAUUAAAAGAAGGCAAGAAAAAGAUCAAGCCGUCCAGUGUAUGGAAUUUGGCCCAGAAACAAAAGUUGAAGACUCUAUUAUCAAAUCAACCAAAACUGAAUGAACUCCUUCAGUCCCAAGCUGAAAAAAGAAAGAGCCAGAACAUUAAAAUAGUACACAUUUCCUUUUCUAUGGAAAACUUGAAAAAACAAAUUGAGAAAUGUAAGAAAUUUGACAGAAAAGAGAAAGGUGAACUUGGCUUUGCCCACCAUCUCAAAAGUCCUGAUGCUUGGGUUAUAACCUUCGAAACAGAGAUAAUGCUAUUAAAUCCAUACAGAGUGGAAGAAGCUUUGCUUUUCAAAAGACUUCUGGAGAAUCAUAAGCUUCCGGCAGAGCCACUGGAAAACCCAAUUUUAUUAACGGAGAGUCUUUUUAAUGGAUCUCAUUAUUUAGAAAUUUUACAUAAAAUGAGAACAGAUGACCAAAGAUUUGGAGUACCAACUUACCUCUCAGAUCCUCGUCUGACAGCAAAUGGUUUCAAAAUAAAAUUGAUUCCAGGAGCUUCCAUCACUGAAAACUACUUGGAAGUAGAAGGAAUGGCUAAUUGUCUCCCAUUCUAUGGAGUAAUGGACUUAAAAGAAAUUCUUAAUGCUAUAUUAAACAAUAAUGCAAAGGAAGUUUAUGAAUGUAGACCUCGCAAAGUUUUAAGUUAUCUAGAGGGAGAAGCAGUUCGUCUAGCUAGACAGCUACCCAUGCAUCUUUCAAAAGAUGAUAUCCAAGAUAUUAUCAACAGAAUGAAGCAACAAUUUGGAAAUGAAAUGAAAAAAUGUGUUCAUGGACGCCCAUUUUUUCAUCAUUUAACUCAUCUUCCAGAAUUACCAUGAUGAAAUGUUUAAGAAAAUCAUUAUUGAAAUGUAUUUGUUCAGAAAAUAAUGUUCCAUUUUUAAGCCAUCUUUGUACUAGCAUGUACUUAAUAAUUGGUUUUAUAAAUGAAAACUUAUUAA